AUGAACGAAUUAAUGGAAAAAAAAAAUGAAGAAAUGGGAAAAAAAAAAAAUGAAGAAACCCUUCCAUUAAGUGCUUAUUUUUUAAAAGAAUAUGGAGAUGGGAAAAUAAGUAAAAAAGAUGUUAUAAGAAGUUUGAAAAAACGUAUAUAUAAUAAUAAUGAAAAAUAUGAAGAGAUAUAUAAAAGGUUAAAAGAAAUUCAUGGAAAUAGUGGUGUAUGUACCCGACAAUGGAAAGAGGGUAGCUUUGCAUUUAAAUGUUACAAUUGUGAAGGAGAUCCAACAUGUGCUAUAUGUGCAAAUUGUUUUUUUUCAUCUAAUCAUAAAAAUCAUAUAUAUAAAUUAACACAUACUAGUGGUGGUUGCUGUGAUUGUGGUGAUACAUCUUGGAAUAUAAAUGGAUCUUGUUAUAAUCAUAGAGGAAUAAAUGAAGAUAAUUUAGCAGAUAAAAAAAUGAUCUUAAAAGAAAAUGUUAAAAAACAAAUAAAAGAAGAUAUCGAAAAUUUAGUAGGAAUUUUAUUUAAAGAUAUAAUAUUAAAAGAUGGUUUUUUUUUAUCAUUAGUAAAUGCUGAUUAUGUAGAAUAUUCUUUUGAUUUUUUUAAAGAUCAAGGAAUAACAAGUUUUUUAUUUCGAAAAAUAAUAUGUGAAAUAUUUACUGGAGCUAAAAUUGAUUUUUUAAUAAAUUUCCAUUAUUGUUUACAUACAGGAAUCCAAAAAGCAUUAUAUUCGUUAUAUCUAUCUUUAUUUGUAGAUCCAAAAUUUAAACAAAGAUUUGCAUUUAAAUUAUCUAAACAUUAUAAUAUAAUUGUAAGAGUUAUAGAUGAUAAAAUAUAUAAUGAUUAUAGUUUAAAUGGGUUAAGUGUGCAACUUUUAACGGUUCCAGAAAUAGGAUAUACUUUAGUUAUUAAUAAUUUUUUAAAUGAUUUAAUAAAAAUAAUAGAAUCAUUUUGUACAUAUAAUAAUGUUUCAAAAUGUGUUAUGUUUAAAAAUUUAUUAAGAUCAGAAAUCGAAAUUAUAAUGAGAAUUUGUUUAGAUUUAAAAUAUUUGUUAUAUCAUCAAGAAGUUAUUAAGAUUAUUAUUUUUAAUAAAUAUAUAAUUAAAAAAAUUCUAAAUCUCUUAAUUUUAUUACAUAGAAUGAAUUCACAAUUUCGUUAUACAAAAAGACAUAUCAUAUAUGAAGAUUUAUCAAGUUCCUAUGCAAUAACUAUCGAAAAUUAUCUACUUAAGGUUUUCGAGCCUUUAUCCAAUUUUUGUAAACGAGAGCAAAACGCUAAUUACAGAAAUUUCUUUUUACUAUAUCAGCUUACAAUUGAAUCGAUUUGUUCACUUAAUUUGUUCCCAUUUAGUAGUGAGCAAAAACCGGAAAAAUCGGAAAAAUCGGAAAAAUCGGAAAAAUUGGAAAAAUCGGAAAAAUCGGAAAAAUCGGAUGGGCGACCGGCUGACUCCAUCCCUGCUAAUGUACCAUCUUCUGAACAAGGGAAACAAAAAAAAGAAACUAAAAAAAUUAUAGAAGAAAGAAAAACAAAAAAAUUAAAACACUUACGAUCUUUACAUUCACCAUUAGUUAGAUUUUUUAUGAUGAUAUUAAAUUUUGAUGUUAUUAGAAAAUGUAUUGAUGAUUUAUAUUGGUAUAAAUAUGUAUAUUUGAAAAAAAUCAAAAAAAAAAAAGAACAAAUAGAAACAUCUUCAGUAUCUAACUAUACAAUAAAUAUAAUAAAAGCAUAUAUAAAUGAUUUCUAUUCUAUUGAAAAGUAUCCAGAUGAAGUUAUAAAUAAAAGAAAAUUAUUACAAGAAAGAUAUGAAAUUGAUGGCAAUAAAAUUAAAAUGAAACUCUUUAGUUAUAAGCCUUUCUUAAAUUCAUAUAAUCCUAUAGAACAUUCUAAAGUAGACAGCUAUUUGAAAGAACACAAAUAUUUAGAGGAAACCUACUUCAAGUGGAUCAUCAACAUGGGCGCCCCCACUGCCGCGGCCUCUACCACCGCCACUGCCCCUGCCUCUACUGCCAAUGCCAAUGCCAAUGCCUCUACUGCCACUGCCACUGCCACCGCUAGUGCCACCGCUAGUGCCACCGCCAGUGCUGCCAAUGCGGGGAAGGUGCACUACAGGCGAAGUAUACAAGAAAAAAAAAUAAAGGGAAAGUGCAAAAAUUUAUUUAUCGAAAAAAAAAUUAGUAAUAAAGAAAUUGAGUUCAAUGAAUUUUUAGAGAUAAAAUAUAAAAAGGAAAAUAAAAAAAUAUAUUUACACCCAUUAUAUAUACAAUUAUAUAUGAAAGAUUUACUAGAUUUUUUAAAUUUAUUUAAUUUAAAAUUAUUAAAAAAUAUAUUAUAUAUAAAUAUAAAUGUAUUAUCAUUUAUAUAUGAAAUAAAAUAUGGAUACUGGGUUAGGAAUGGACCACAAAUGGUUUUCCAAUCAAAUGAAUAUGAAUCAUCUAUGUUUUUAAAAAAUGAUUUAAUAGGAAUACAGUUUGCUUUUAUUAUGAUGAAUAUUUUACCUUUAUAUGAAAAUCAAAGAAUAAAAAUAAACGAAAGUUUAAUGAAAAUAUAUAGGAAAAUAUAUAAUGAGCGUAUAAUAAAUUUAGUUGGAAAUUCGCAAAAAUUAAAAAAAUCAACACAUUUUUGUAAAAAUAUGACAUCUAAUGAAGAAAAUAAUAAACCGAAAACUGUUUUAACAGAUUCUUUAUCAUUAAUGAGUGAUAUUAAUAACAAAAUGAAUGAACAGGAUGUACAAAAUUUUAGACAAAAUAAAAAUUCAGAUAUCUUAAAAUUUGAAAUGAACGAAAUGAACGAAACGAACGAAAUGGACAAAAUGAACGAAAUGAACGAAAUGAACAAAAUGAACGAAAUGAAUGAAAAUAAUAAACAAACUAUUAUAUAUGAUAAAAAUAAUAAGCAAACUAUUAUAUAUGAUAAAAAUAAAAAUAUAAAUGAACAUGAUGAUUUUUUCAGUAUUUUUUGUGGAGAUGGAGUAACAGAUACAUCUAUAAAUUGGGUUAAUUUUAGAAACCAUUUUUUUUCUAAUAAUAAUGAAAAUUGUGCAAAAAAUAAAAUCGAUUUUACACAAAUAUAUCAAUUAUUUAUUAAUUAUUGUCGAGAAAAUGGAAAUGCUAACAAGUCAGAAGAAGGGAAUACAUCUGAUCUACAACCAAUGAACCCAAAUAGUGACAAUAAAUUUGAAACUGAUAAUGGAAAUAUAGACGGCGAACAAAAAGUAGUAAAAAAUGAGGAAAACGUAGUAAAAAAUGAGGAAAAAAUAGCAAAAAAUGAGCAAACCCAAGUUAGCAAAAUAAAUUAUAAGAAAUUAGAAUGGGUUGAAUAUUUAAGAUUGUUUAUGGAAACUGAUAUAAGAAAUCCAUUUGUUUUUAUAUAUCAAUUAAUAUUUAAAAACUUUCGUAUAAAUUUAAAUAAAACUAAUUUAAAUGAUAUAUAUAUGGAAAUUCAAAUACAUCAUUUAAAAAUAAUAUAUAAAAUAUAUAAUGAUAUAUAUUUAAAUAAAUUAAAUAUUGAUUCUCGUAAAAUAACAUAUAUAUUUUAUUUUCAAUUUUUUUAUGAUAUAAUUAUAAGAAUAUUCAACGAGUUAUAUUAUUUUGAUUCUAGUAAUAUUCCAAGAAAAACAUCUUAUAUAAAAUAUAAAAAAAGAGGAAAAUAUCAAGUUAAAAAAAUAUUGUUACAAUUAUUAGCUUCUAAAGAUUUUCAACAUUUUCAAUUAGAAAAUAUUUUCCCUAAACAAUUUAGACAUCAUCCAUCUUUUUAUGAACUUAUAAAUAAAUAUGGUUAUACUACACAUAUGGAUAGAAGCAAUGUAAAUUUAAUUAAAUUAAAUAAAAAUGCAUGGUAUUUAUAUGAUGCUUUUUGGCCUGUUUCAGAAUAUAAAGAUUUUCAAUCUGCUAAUGAAAAAUCAAUAAAAGAAGAAAAUGCUACAUAUAUUGGUCCAUCAAAAAGUCAAGAUAAAGAAUAUCUUAAUUUCUCUUUUAAGAAAUUACAAAAUUUAUUAUAUUUUGCAUUCAAAAAUAGUUGUUUGGCUCCAAUGCUUCUAACUAUUUGUGUAACUAAUGAAGCUUUCCAAACACGUCUUGACCAAAUAAAAAAUUCACCUCCUAUUAAAGAAACUUCUAAUAAUCAACAAAAUAAUUCCAAUUCAGUUAUUGAUAAUAAUACUCGAGGACUCACACAAAAUGAUUCUAUUCUUUCGGCAGAAAAUUCUAUAGAUGUAAAUUCUGAUCCUGCUUCUAGGAAUCGACAAAGUCAACAAAGUCACGAUGCUGGCCUCAAUCGAACCCCUACUGAUUUGUCACUACUUAGCGACAUAGAUGUUUUUAAUUUGUUAACUCAAAGCAUAAAUAACAGUUUAGGUACUGAUCAGGCUGGUCAAAAUAGUCAAAACAGUCAAAAUAGUCAAAACAGCCAAAAUAGUCAAAACAGUCAAAAUAGCCAAAAUAGCCAAAACAGCCAAAACAGCCAAAAUAGUCAAAAUAGUCAAAAUAGUCAAAAUAGUCAAAAUAGUCAAAAUAAUUCAAACCAUGGGGAGAAUAACACAUUGGUAACAACAUCAAAUGUAGAAACAAGCCAAGAAAAUGGAAAUUCUAGAGGUAUCGAAGAAAGCCGAGAUGGUAACAGUGUAGAUAGUAGUGAAAGUAGUUAUCAAAACGGAAAUGGUCAAGAUAUACAUCAAACAAUUAAUAAUAGUAAUACAUAUAUAAUAGUAGAUCAAAAUAGUGAUAAUGAAACAUUAUUUGCUGAAAUAUUAGUAAAUAGAAGCCCUAAUAAUUCUAUAAAUAUGGAAAUUGUUAAUAUUACAGAUACACAUUCAGAAAAUCAAAAUACAAGAAGAGGUUCUAGACAUUUAACUGCUGGUGGAUUGUCAGAAUUAAUUAGAAACUUAAUAAAUGAAAAUAAUAUUAUUAGUAAUGUAAUAGAUGAAACACUAUUAGGAAAUACGGGAUCUGCUAUGGAUAUUAUUGGAGGUGAACAUAAUGAUGAAAUAAGAAUAAAUCAUAAUAUUCCUAUUCAUUCAAAUCGAAAUAAUAAUAUAAAUAGGGGUGGAAUAAGAAGAAAUCCAGAUGAUAAUUUAAUGUUCGAUGGUUAUACAUCUAGUGAAGAAUUGAAUGGUAUUGAUUCUGAAAAUUCUAAUAUUUUAAGAGUCAAUUUAACUGAUAGAGAUAAUAAUUUAGAAAAUAUAAAUCUAAUUAUAAAUUCUAAUGAACUAAUUUCCAAUGCUAAUAAUCCUAAUUUAAGUAAUACUAUUGAUAUAUUAAUUAAAGUUAUAAAAGUAUUAAGUAUUUUAAUUGAUUCUAGUCAUCCAUUUAAAGAGAUAAAUGGGUUCUAUUAUUCCAAUUGUAAAAUGGAAAGUGAUGAUUCAGAUUCUGCAUCUGACUCUAUUCCGGAAAGUUCUGAUGAAGAUUAUUAUCAAACACCUUUAUCAGAAAUCGAAGAAAAUAUACUAAACAAAACUUACGAUUCUAAUAAUGAAAAAAAUGAUAAUAUGAACAAAGAGAUAGAACACAAAAAUGUAGAUAACGAUUGUAAAGAUCAGAUUGAAGAUGAUUCUGAAAAAUGGGAAAGAAAAAAAAACGAAGUUGCCAUAAAUGAAAAUGAAAAUGAAAAUGAAAAUGCUAUAUUUGAUUACAUAUCUAUAAUUGAAAAAAGAAAAAAAGGAAAAAACAAAAAAAAAUUAGAAAAUAAUACACAAAACACAUUAAAAAAAAAACAAAAACAAGCAUAUUCAAUGGGAGAAAAAACUGUCCAAUUUUUUAUCAAUAGUAUUAAUAACAUAAAUGGAAACGAAGAUAAAUGUUUUUUAAAAGUGCGAAAUACAAUCGUUUCAAGAUUAAAAGAGAUAUCUUCAGAAAAUUAUAAUUAUAAAAAUGUAAAUAAUAAUAAUGAAUUUAUUGAGCUAGCUAAAAAAAAACAACAGGAUCUAUUAGAUAGUAUGAAAAAACAACAAUUAAAAUUUAGUCAAUUUUUAGAUGAUGAAUUAUUUUCAGAUGAAGAUGAUGAAUUAGAAACAACGAAAGAAAUAAAUAAUGACAAAAAUGAAGAUUCCGAAAAUGAUAUAUAUAAAGAAAAUAAUACUUUAUGUGAAUAUGAAAAAGCAAAAGAAAAAAAUUGUAUAUGUGUAUUAUGUAAAGAAGGAAUGUCAAAAAAUAAUUUAUUAGCAUAUAUGUGUUUUGCUUCUCAUACAAAUAUAUUAAAAAAAAUAAUAAAAAAAAAUAAAAUGGCAUUUCCUUGUAAACAUCCAUCAAUAUAUACUUGUGGUCAUUUCAUACAUACAAAUUGUUUACAUAAUACAAAAAUAUUGAAAUAUAGAAAAUUAUUUAGUGUUAAAAAUGAACCUACUUUAUAUGAAUUUACAUGUCCAUUAUGUAGAUGUAUAGCCAAUUGUUUUAUUGUAUAUAUACCAAAAAGAUAUACAUCUAAAAAUGAUACAUACAGAAUCUAUGAUUGUAAUGAAAUCGAUUUCUUUAUUGAUAAUUCUAAUAAAAAUUUCUCAGAUCUUUUGAAAUCAGCAUCAUUUGCUUUAAAAUUAUGGAAUAAAACAAAAAAUGAAAAAAAACAAAUAGAAGGAACUAUCACAUCAGAUAUACAAAUUGUCAACAAUACAAAUUCUUCUAAUCAUGAUAAUGAUAUAAAUAAAACUUUGAUUAAAUUGAGAGAAGAAAAUAAUGAUCUAGAAGUAGAAACUUCUUUAGAUAUCAAUGAAAAAGAAAAAAAUAAAUCGUUAUAUCAUCAUAAUAUGUGUAAAAAAUAUGAUGAAUAUGAUAAUAGUUAUAGUGAUAAUUCUGAAUCAUUUUGUUUUGAAAAUGAAUCAACUUUUUUAAGUUCCUCAUCAAACAAAUCUAUUGAUAGUGAUAUAGCAGAUGAAUUUUAUUUUAAAUAUAAAAGUCACCAUAAAAUGGAAGAAGACGAAGAAAAAAAAAAAAAAAAAAAAAAACUUGAAAAUUUUGUAAAAAAUAAUGAAUAUGGAGAAGAAAAAGAAUCAAAUAAUAACAACACAUCUAAUAAUAAAAAUGUUGGAAAUGAUUCUAAUCAAACUAAUUGGAACAAUUAUGUUACUAAUUCAGUUUUUAAUGAAAAAAAUAAUAAUGAUAUUUUUAAUUUAAAUUUUAAAAACUUAAUUGAUAAGAAUUUAAUUUUUGAUAAUUUAUUAUCCUAUAAAAAUUAUGAUCAAAAUAAAAAAAAAAUACUAAAGGAAAUAUAUUUAAAUGAAAAUAAAAUAUAUGAACAAUUAUAUAAUACUAAUGAUGGUUGUGAAAAUAUUUAUUGUCAUGAUUGUAAUGAUAAUUCUAAUUCUGAAUCAAUAAAAAAAAAUAUUUAUAAAAAUACUGAAAUUGAAAAGGAAGAAUAUGAAAUUCAUAAUUAUAAAAACUAUUUUAAGCAUGCUGAUAAUGUAAAAGAAUCUAAGUACAAAGAUAGAUCCGGAACAGAAUUAUAUCUUUACAAAAAUACUUUUAAUUAUCCUAAUAAAGAUUUUACUUUUACAUAUCAUAAUUCUAAUUUUUUUUAUAGAUAUAAAAAUGGAUUCUUAUCUUAUUAUGUUAGUGUUCCGUUAAAAUUUAUGAAAAAUGUUGAAUUUGUGAUGAUACAAAAUAAAUCAUUAAAUAACGCUAACAAUAAAAAGUCCAAACGAUUUUUUUUCACAACAUCUGUGAAAGAAAUAGAAACAGAUAAUAAUGAAUCUAUAGAAAAUUCAAAAGACCAAAACGAUACAGAGAAACUAGAUGCAAUACAUCUAGAAAAAAACGAUAAUGACCAUGAAAUGGCAAGCAAUAAUGAAAAUGAUGGAAAAAAUGAUGGAAAAAAUGGUGAAAAAAAUGGCGAAAAAAAUGGCGAAAAAAAUGGUGAAAAAAAUGAUGAAAAAAAUGAUGAAAAUAAUGAUGAAAAUAAUGAUGAUGUAAACAAGCCUGAAUCAAAUUUAUUACAACUAAAUUAUAAUAUAGAUAAAAACCUGAUAGAAUAUAUACAACAUAAUUUUAAUAUAAAUAAUGUAAAUUGUGAUGAUGUUAUUAAAAAAUAUAGAAUUGUUCAAAAUAAAAUAAAUAUAUCACGAAUGAGUAAUAAUAAUAACAAUAGUAGUAGUUCUAAUUCUAACUCAAUUAGUAACGGAAAAAAAAAAGGAAUGAAUGAAAUAAAUGAAUUUCAAAAAGAAAAAAGGCUUAAAACGGAUUAUGAAUCCGAAAUUAAGGAAAAGGUUUUAUCCAAAUUUAGGGAAAAUGUUUUAUCUGAAUGUGAAAAUUUUUCUUAUUCAACUCGUGCAAAAAUGGAAAAUAAGGAAACUAAUGAAUAUUCUAUCAAAACAGGAAAUGACAUAAAUUAUAAUUUAACAGAAAAUAAUAAGUGUGAUAUACAAGAUGUUAAUUCAGAAAAUAUAGAGAUACCUGUUGUAAAUACUAAUGAAGAAAUUAUGAACAGUUCAGAAUAUUUUAUUUCUGAAAAAAGCAAAAAAGUCGAAGAAGAGCCAAGGCGAAAUGGUCGAAGAAGAAGCAUUCAAGAAAUGGAGGAAAUGGGGAUAAUAAAAAAUAAUGACAAUUCGUGUUUUUAUGAAAAUUAUGAAAAUGAUAAAAUUGAAUUUAGGUACAAUUGUGAUAAAAAUGAUUUAAAAACACAUGCUAUAGCAAUGAAAAAUUGUUUUUCUGUUGAUAUAUAUGAUGGCAUAAUUACCACUAAUAAAAAUUUUUAUAAAACAUAUAAAAAUACAAUAUAUAAACAAAAUUUUGAUUCAAUAUUUGAUAUGAAAGCAUUAAGACAAUCUAUUAUAUUAUUGGGAGGAAUAACUGAAAUAUCAUGGAGAAUUUUUCAUCAAAAUCAUACUACAUUUUCAACUAUAUUACAUCAUUCAGAAAAUUAUAAAAAAAUAAUUGAUUUUGAAUAUUCAACAAAAAUACAAGAUAAUGAUGAAGAUACUGAUAUAAAAGGAAUAAGCGUAAAUGAUGUAUUAAAAAUUUAUAAAAAACUUGAUAUAUACCCUGAAUUUUUAUUUAAUAAUACUAAUGUCGGAUUUGUUAAUAAAAAUGAAUUAAGAAAUGUAAAUAAAGAAGAUUUAUUAUUAUUUAAUAAAAAAGAUAAAAAAAAAUAUAACAAAAAAUUUGGAGGAAAUAUAUUUAAAAAUGAAACAACUAAUGAAUUAAGUUUUAUGAAAACUUGUUUAAAUCAAUUAAAAAAGUGUAAAGAGAAUGAAGAUGAGGAAAAACGCGAAGAAGGUAAUAACCCUAAAAAAUUGGUGAAAAAAAAAAAAGGAAAAAAUAAAGUAGAUAACAAAAAAAAAAAUACGAUUAAAACGGAUGUGUUAAAUAUAAAAUAUUGGAGAAAUAUUAAUACAGCUACAGACAUGAAUAAAAUAUAUUGGAUUUUAUACAACGAAAUAUUAAUUAAUAUAUUUUAUAAAAAUAUUAAUUAUGUUUCAUGUAAUAACUUAAUUGAAACUUUAGUAAGAAACUUAUUUUUAUAUAAACAUGAAUUAAAUAUAGUUAAAGAAGAUAAAAUUUCUAACUUAUUUAAUUUACAAUUAUGGAAAAAUAUUCAUAACAUUUCUUUUUAUUAUGUAUACCCAUAUAGAUUUACCUUUAAUAAAUAUAAAAAGUUUUUUGAUAAAAUUAAAAAAGCACAUUUUUUAAAUAAAUUAUCAUUUUUACCAUUAUCUGUUGAUGUUCUCAAAUUAUUUAUGACAUUUUUCUUAAAUCAGUUAUUAUACACACCUGCAGCCAUUCAGCAUUUUAUUUCAAUUUCUUUAAUUAUUAUCAGUUUUCAAGUUAUGAAUGAAAUUUUUAUAAAAGAAAUCUCAAAAUCAUAUGUACAGUUCAUAUUUUCAAAAUUUUCACCUGAACAAGUCAGACAAAAUUUUAAUAAUAUUUUUGAAAAAAUAUAUAUAAAUGUGCAAAAUGAAUCAUAUCCAAUAAAUAAUGAAGUAUAUUUACAUGAUAAAGUUAAAUUAUCAUCGGGUCAUUACAAACAAUCUGAAGAUAUACAUGAAGAAAAUGAUAAAUCAUCAAUUCCUAAUUAUAUGAACACAAAUAGCCAAUGUAAAAGUAUUGCACACGAACAAUUUAGAAAGCUAAUUUUUGACAAUUUUAUAAAGAAUAAGAAUGAACAAAAUCAAAAUUAUAAUACAUUUAAUGGUGGUUCAUCUCUAUAUUGUUCAAACGAUCAAAUAGAUGAAAAUGAAAAUUUAAAAAAUAAAGAAAUAUUCAAAAAGAUUCAUGUAAAUCGAAGUAACAAUGAGGAUGUAUAUAGCGAUGGUGACAAAAUUAAUAUGAAUGGUACAUGUAAAAAACAUGCAAAAUAUGCAAAAUUAAUUAACAAAAUGGAUAUAUUAACAUUAUUUAAUAAUUUGAUGAACUUAGUUAACAAUAUUAGUGAAUCAGAAAUUGAAGAAAUAAAAAAUAUAAUUUUAAAAAAUAAAUUAAUUUGUGCUAAUAUAAAAAAAAAAGAAUGUUAUAUUCACAUGUGUGAAAAUGAUGUGUAUAUAAAUAAAAGUGAAGCUAUAUAUAAUAAUGAAGAAAACGAUUGUGAUGAUUUUUAUUUGUAUAAAGAAAAGAAAAUACUAUAUGUUUUAUAUGAAACAAUGAAAAAAAUAAUAAGCUUAAAUAAAUUUAAAAAAGAUACACAAAAAAUUAUGCUUUUAUUAUGUGAAAUAAAUAGCGAAUAUAUGAAAUAUGUAUAUUAUAACGGAUAUAUACCAAUCAAUAUAUUUCUAAGUACAAAUUUUAUAAGAUAUGAUGAAUUUUUUAAUAAUUAUUAUCCAUAUUUAUUUAAUAAAAAAACAAAUUCCCAAUGGGGAAGUUUCCAUGUUUUAUAUAAAGAAAAAAUGUUAAAAAAAAAUAACAAACAAAAUGAUCAAAAAAAUUUAAAAAAAAAUAAAAAUGUUAUGAAAAGAGAUUUUAACUAUAUAAUUAAUAAUCGUAGUGAUAUUAUUCAAGAACAAAACAUAAAAGACCAAUCAUAUUUGGAAAAGGAAUUAAAAAAUGGUGUUAAUAAAGAUAAUUCAAAAGUUGGGUAUUAUAAAAAUGUCGAAACAACAAAUUUAAUAAAUGACUUGUCUAUAUUACAUAAAAGAGAUGAUAAUAAAAAAAAUGAAAAAAAUUUUGAAAAUUCUAAAAAUUUUGAAAAUUCUAAAAAUUUUGAAAAUUCUAAAAAUUUUGAAAAUUGUUUUUGCACUAAUAUUAAUCAAAUACAUCAAUUUAAAUAUAAAUUAUAUAAUAUACAUAACGAAGAAAUUAUUAAUUUUUAUUUAAUGAAUGAUACAGAUGAAAAUUAUUUAUCAUUAUUAUGUAAGGAUAAUCUAGAAUUUAGACAUACUAAUAUUUGCAAUAUUUUAAAAUGGAAAUAUGAAAAUAUUCCUUUUAUUAACCAUUUAUUUUAUAUUUAUAAUAUAUACCCUAUUUUAUUUAAAUUAAAUCAAAUAAAAAAUAUUCAUAAUAAAAAAAACAAAGAUAUAGAUAUAUGCUCAAAUGAAUUUUUAUUAUCACAAAUAGAUGAUAAAAUAUAUGACCAAUUUGAUAAUUAUAAUAAUUUUUCUGAUCAAAGUUUUGAUAGUAAUAAAACGAUACGGGUUCAUGAGGAAGAAGAAAAUGAAGAUUUUGGCGAAAAUGCUGGAGAAAAUGUUGGGGAAAAUGUUGGGGAAAAUGUUGGAAAAAAUUCUGACGAAAAUUACACAACAUCAUCUCUUAAUGUCUUAAAUGAAAUUCUCGAUGUCAAUGAGCUUAUAAAAGAUUUGAAGAAAAAAAAAAAAAAAAAAAAAAAAAAAAUAUAUAAAAAUAAAUAUGCUAAUAACUUUUUUGUCAAUUUUUUUAACAAGGCUAUGGAAAAAAAAACAGGUUCAAAAGCGGAUUUAAAAACAGGCUUACAAAAUGGAAUGAUCGAAAGUAGCGAAAACAAAAGUUAUAAUCACAAUGGUGAUGAAAAGGACCAUGUUAUAAUUACGUCAAAUUUAUUUAUUGAUCCUCAUGAUUUAAAAAAUGUAGAUAUUUCUGAACAUUUAGACAAAAUUAAUAAAGUAAACACAAAUGAAAAUCGAGAAGAAAAAGAAGAAGUGUCAGAAAAAAGCAAACUAAAUAAAAAUAACGAAAUUAAAGAAAACGAUUAUAAUUGUAGUUUAGAAAAUACAGCAUGUUCCAUUUCAACAGACAAUAGUUAUACUGAUGAAAAUUUUUUGCAAUAUAAUAAUAAUGGUGAUUCAAGUAGUGGUGUAGAAAAAAUGAGAUAUAAAAAAAAAAAUACAAUUAGUAAAUUAUUUUUUAGUCGAUUUGAUGAUUACACAACAAAUAAAAAUGAUAAAAAUAGUAAAAAUAAAUGCAAAAACGAUCAAAAUAUUAGCUUUUUAAAAUAUAAAGAUUCAAAUAAAAUACAAAGAUAUAAUAUGUUAUUAAGAAGAAAUGAUCUUAGUAAUACAUUUUUUUAUAAUCUUAGGAAAUUAUAUAAUUAUGUUUAUAAUUUAUUCGAUUUUAUACCAAUAUAUAUUAUACAAAACAGUUUAAUACAUUAUCAAAAAACAUACAAAAAUAUAAACCAUUAUUAUUAUUAUGAUGAUGAUAAUGAUAAUGAACAGACUGAUGGAAUUCAUAAUUUAUUUAAUUCAUAUAAUGAAGAAAGCGAAUAUGAAUAUACACGUUAUUCAAGUAACUAUUUUAACACAGAUAAAUGGAAAAGACAGUAUGCAAAAUAUACAAAUUUUGAAAAUAAUAAUAGACAUGAGCAUAUAUAUAAUAAAAAGGAGAGUGAUUAUGAUGCCAGUUCUUGUUCUUUUGAUAAAAAAUGGGAUAAAGAUAGUGCUUCAUAUAAUGAUUCUAAAAUGGGAAGCAAUUUUUCAUAUGAUAGGAAAAAUGAAGGUGCAAAUAAUUUUAAUGAAUAUGUCGAUCCUCUCGGUGCAACCUUAAAAAAUUUGUCAUUUUCCAACAAACAAGAUUCCUCAAUUUUUAACCCCAAUUUUGUAUCCGAAGAAAAAUCGAAAUACACAGAAAAAGAAAAUAGUAGCGAAAGUAAGAACUCAUAUUUUGUUAAUAAAAAAAUGAAAACUAAUCAUAGUGAUUGUGUAUCAGAUGCAUAUAUAAGAUGUUCUAAUAAUUUUUCUAAAAACACAAAAGGGGAAUCAUUCCCAAAAAUGAAAUUUAUAAAUGAAGAAAAUAAUUAUAAUGAUGUAAAAGGAAUAAGAGGUAAUGUAAGUCAAUUCUAUAAUAAUAUCAAAGAUGAAAAAGACACAUUAGGAAUAAAAAAAAUAUUUUUCAUAUUUUAUAAAUAUUUAAAAAAAAAUAAUUUUAUUGAUUGCAAUUUUGGAGAAAAAAAUAAUAAAAUAAGAAGAAAUAGAUGCAUAAAAUUAUAUUCCAAAUUUUUAAAAAAAUAUUUAAAAUCAGCAAAUAUAUAUUUACAAUUUGUAGCAUAUAUAUUAUUUUCAAUAUAUGAAUAUAACACAUUAGCAACCAAAUAUUUAGAUUAUAUACAUUUAUAUAGUGAUAUGAGCAAAUAUAAUAUAUUUUUACACAUUUUAAACAUAAAUAAUAAUAUUGAUAAAAUAUAUACAUAUCAAACAAUGAAAUUAAUAUUUCAUCCAUAUUUUUAUUGGAUGUAUCAAAUUUAUAAAUAUCUAAAAAUAGAUGCAUCUCCAAUUGCUCUUCAUGAUUUUUAUGAAAAUCUCGAACAAUUUAUUUCAUCAAAUUCUAUAUUCCAGCCUAGUCAAAAUUAUUUUACCUUAAUUAAAAAAAAUUUUAAAAGAAAAUGUGUUAAUUGCAAUAAAUCACCAAAAAAAAUACUUAUUUGUUUAUAUUGUGGAUCAACUAUAUGCUUACAUGAAAGUGAUGAAGCUACUGGCCCAUUAUCUCAAACAAUUAGCAAAUGCAUUUACCAUACUACAAUUUGCGGUGGAGAUCAAUGCUUAUAUUUGUGUUUGAACACAUCUUCGAUAUUAUUUACCAGUGAAAAUCGAUUCGAAUUCAUGGAUGGGCCUUAUGUAGACAAAAAUGGGGAUAUCGACCCUCAUCUUAAAAGAGGAAAGAAUUUAUAUUUAUCUCAACAUAAAUUAAACAAACUAUUUGAUGUUAUUGUUAAUUCAACAGCUGAUGUUGAAAUAUAUAAGCAUACUUUAAAGGCAGAGUAA